ACGACAUCCGACGAUGCUUUGUGUUGUGUUUCGUUCGUUUUCGUAAAAUUUGUGCAAUAAAUAAAGACUGAUUUUCGCAAUAUUUAGCUAAAUACCGUGACAACAAACCAUGCCUAUCGUGUGCACAGUUUCAGCUUAACACAACGACUGUGUUACAAGUGUUUUCGGUGCAAAACGGAUAAUCCAAGUAGUUAAGUAGCUGUGAACGCAUGACGAACAGCCAACAUGCCUCACCACAGUGUAGACGGUCCCGUUUACUACCGGGAGAUCCAGAAGAAUGCAUACCUGAAGCGGAUACCCAACGAGAGCACCAGCAAGCUGCGUCCGCUGAGCCAUAAGAAAGCACCACUCAAAGCGAUGUGGACACAAUUCUGCGUGCACAACGGCCGGAUACCCUACCUGGAACAAUAUCCCUCCCCCGAGUGCCAGGACGCCCUCACACACCGCCCCUUGUGGCGCGCCUGCCUCACCAACGUGAGGCAUGUGACUGCCAGUGUGACUCCUCAUGUGGGGAAGGAGCACGACUUCUUUAUACACACUGAGGAGGGGCCCUUGAGGAUGCUGGCUCCGGAUUGGCACUCAAUGCAAGACUGGGUGACUUCUCUCCGGAGUAAACUGGUGGAACUCCAGAUGCUUCAGUCUGGGGAGAACGUUUAUUGCGGGGCUCCCGCCGGGGCCGUGCCGCGGGCGGCGGCGCGGGACCCCACCUCGCCGCUGCCGCCCACGCCGCCGCACCCGCCCCACAGAGUACCAGGCAUAGAGAUAAUCACACCGCCAUCACAGCUCGUCCAAAACACGCAACCGCCCUCUCCCCCUGUCGCCGAAACCACAGAACCAAUCGAAAACAGUCCAUCCGCAGCCGAACCAGCCAAUCCUGAACCAACUGAAGACGAAGAACCAGUAGACAUAUCAGAUUGGGACUCGGCAUCCAACAUAGUUAUGCCCAGCACUAGUCAAGAGAAAAAGCCAACAGAAUCGAAUCAACCGAAGAAAAGUGUAGCGAAAAUUUGCGGACAAAACAUAUGUUUGGAUGACUCCAUUUUGAAAAGACGUGAUAGUGAUUAUAGUAGUCAAUCGGAAGAUAGAAUCGACCGAUUAGACGACUCAGUCGAGGAAUCAGUGGUUGAAUCGAUCGAUUCUAAUGUUGAAGAUGUGUUUGUGGAUGCCGAUAAGAAAGAGUGUAAAAGUGAUUUUAAACAGACGCUUGUAGUGAAUAGUGAGACUGAAAGAGUUGAAGAGGCUAGCGAUGAGAGUAGUCAUCAUACUACUUGUAAUAGUGAAUUCCAAGGGACCAAUAUAACAGUAAUACAAGUAUCAAACAAGGGACCACCACACACGGCCAUACCGAUAAUAGGACCGGAAACGGAUGUGUUCAACUUCGACAUAAAGCCGCCAUCUUUGACCAUAGACAGCGAGCAAAAUGGCGAGAAAUACGUCAACAUAGUUAACACAGAGACUGAUAGAAAUACGGAUAACAAAUACGGAACGGUGUUCACGACAAACGAAUCCGAUUACGGACACUUGAGUUUGACAACAACUGUCAAUUUGACAGGGUCUGACAGCGCAGAUGUCAACCCAGAAGGAAUAUACGAGAGGCUAUGUAUGGCGACGACGUCGAACGAAAAACCGUCCCCAUUGCCCGUAAGAAAACUGCAAACUACUGAAAAAGCUAGAAAAUCUUCGUUACCAAAUCUAGAAUCUAAUGGGUCCACUUCGACGUAUGAAUACUUGUAUCCGGGUUCGAACGCCCCCGCGGCGCUGAGAAACGUCAAUCUGACAGCUGUCAGCGUGACGUCUGCCAGCGUGACAGCUGUCAAUUCGAGCCAAAAUGUGAUUCAAAUAAACAGUCGUGUAGAAGCAUCAACCACAGAGGUUCCUAGCGCUUCUAGAAUCUUAAGUCCUCGGUUAAAUAAUAAUAAUAAUAGUGCGAAUGUAUCAGUGAAUCCAGUUGGUGGGAGGAAUGUGAAUCCUAUUGUGAGGGGUGUAAGGGCGAAUGUUGAACGGUCUCACAGUCAGAACGCUUAUGAUGUCAGAUUGAGGGAUAGACUGCCUCGACAGAAUAGCAACCCAAAGACCAAUGGAAAAAGUGAUAAGUCAGAGCCAGCGCCCCCCAAACCACUCUGGAAGCGAGGUCUGACGGAGUUCUCCCUACUCAGCCGUCUGCGCGGGCUCGGACAGGGAAAGAGAGCAGAUAGCCCCACCAGGUGUGACAGGAGCGCGACGACAGUGGUGAAGGUAGUUCGUCGCUCGCGGCCCGACGCGCGACAAGACAACAUACGUAAGCGGAGCAACUCGCUCACUAACGGCGUCCCUCCGACGAUACUGAACGUGCCUCGAGAGGUCGCCAAGUCGCUGCUGUUCUUCGACUAUGAGAACCAAGUGUGGCUAGCGACGAGUGGUCGUCUCUGCGGCGCGGGGGACCGUGUCGCCGCGGUGGCGGGCCGCAGACCCGCGCACGCCGCCCACGCUGGCGCCCUGGUCAAUAGUUGUCCGCAUAGAGUGAUUGAUAUACUGGUGCACCGCGUCCCUCUCGCCAAGAUAUACGUGUUGAGGAAAGAGAGAGAAGACGAGAAUUUAGGCAUAAAGCUGCUACAAGACUGCACAGUAUCGUCAGUGGCGCCCGCGUCGGCGGCCGCGCGUGCCGCCGUGCCGCGCGGCUGGAGCCUCACCGAGGUCAACCACACGCCGCUUAACCUGAUCAAGGUAUAUCAUGUACAAGACUGCACAGUAUUGUCAGUGGCGCCCGCGUCGGCGGCCGCGCGCGCCGCCGUGCCGCGCGGCUGGGGCCUCACCGAGGUCAACCACACGCCACUUAAAGGUGUGUCCAAACACGGCGUGCAAGGUGCGCGGCAGCUACGCGCGGCAUUCGCGGGACACAAAUUUGCCGCGCGCCUAGUUUAA